AUGGUCAUAUUCAUCACACAGAUGAUCCUUAGAACAGUGACUGCGAGUCUCGUGAAGGACUACUCAGCCUCUGGGCAAAUCAACUACCCUGACGCCGUGUUUGAUUACUGUAAUGUGACCCUGGCCUACUCGCACACUGGUCGCGAGGAUCAGAUCCAGCUGCAGCUCUGGCUUCCGUCGCCGGGUCGGUUCCAGAACCGCUGGCUGUCCACCGGUGGCGGCGGGUUCGCCAUCAAUUCCGGGUCGAAGUUCAUUGCCGGGGGGCCGGUCUACGGCGCCGCUGGCGGGCUCACGGACGGUGGGUUCGGGGGCUUCGACAACCAGCUGGACGCGGUCUUCCCCACGGCGAACGGCACCGCAAACUGGAACGCGAUCUACUCGAUCGGCUACGAGGCGCACCAGGAGCUCGCCCUUAUUGGCAAGGCGUUCACACAGAGCUUCUAUGAAACCCAGGAGAAGCAGUACGCGUAUUAUAUGGGCUGCUCGGAGGGAGGUCGCGAGGGCUGGAGUCAAGUGCAGCGCUUCCCCGACCUGUUCGACGGCGUGAUUAUCGGGGCCCCCGCCAUCCAUUACGGUCAGCAGCAGGUGAACCAUCUGUUCCCGGAUGUGGUCGAGCAGACCAUCGGCUACUACCCGCCUCCCUGCGAGAUGGAGAAGAUCAUGAAUCUGACCAUCGCCGCAUGUGACGCGCUCGAUGGGAAGGUGGACGGGGUCGUGGCUCGCAGCGAUCUGUGCAAGCUGCACUUCAACGUCAACUCGACCAUAGGCCAACCGUACCACUGCCCCGCCACGACCACGAGCGAGGCCCUCCGCCGCAAGAAGCGCGUCUCCGUCUCCUACACCACGCCGGCCCAGAACGGUACCGUUUCCGCCGAAGGCGCGUUGGCCGCUUCCAUCAUGCUGGAGGGCCUGCACACCCAGGACGGCAAACAGGCCUACAUGUGGUACCAGCCGGGAUCCGCCUUCAGCGAUGCAGAGACCCAGUACAACGCCGACACGGACUCCUGGGAACUGAGCAUCACCGCGCUGGGCGGCGAGUGGGUCGCGCGCUUUCUCGAGCUCCGUGCCGCCGACAACCUCGAUACCCUGCAGAACGUCACCUACGACACACUGAAGGAGUGGAUGCAGCUGGGCUGGACGCGCUACGCCGACUCUCUCCAGACGCAGUGGCCGGACCUGACCGCGUUCCACGAGGCCGGCGGGAAGAUUCUCCACUACCACGGCGAGUCGGACGCCAGCAUUCCCACCAGCUCGUCCGUCCGCUACCACGACUCGGUCCGUCGCACCAUGUACCCCGGCCAGACCUACAAUGACAGCAUCGCCGCCCUGGGCGACUGGUACCGCCUCUUUCUCGUGCCCGGCGCUGCCCACUGCGAGCUGAACCCCUACGAGGCCAACGGGCCCUUCCCGCAGACCAACAUCGGCGUCAUGAUCGACUGGGUCGAGAACGGGGUCUUCCCCACCACCCUGAAUGCCACCCACCUGGCCGGUCCCAGUCUGGGCGCCAAUGCCCAGCUCUGCGCCUUUCCUCUGCGCCCGCUGUGGACGAACAACGGUUCCUCGAUGGAGUGUGUCUACGACCAAGCCUCAAUUGACACCUGGCACUACGAUCUGGACGCGUGGUCGCUUCCGCUGUACUAG